AUGACGGGGCCCUCUGGGAAAUGCAGCAAGAUCCGAGGCAUCGUGAGGCUGCGGCAGAUGCUGCGGUGGUGGCGCGUCAGAGCGGCAGCGUCGGCCGCCUCAGCGGGGAGAACGCGGCGGAUCCCGGCGGACGUGCCGGCGGGGCACCUUGCUGUGUGCGUAGGGCCCAACUCGCGGAGGUUCGUGGUGCGGGCGGCGCACCUGAACCACCCCGUGUUCCGGAGGCUGCUUGUCAACGCGGAGGAGGAGUACGGCUUCGGCCAGUCGGGGCCGAUCUCCAUCCCCUGCGAUGAGGCCCUCUUUGUGGAGAUCCUCCGCCAUCUCAACAGCGCCUCCUCCGGAUCAGCGCGCUUCGCCAGCCUUGAUGAUUUCCAGAAGAUCUCCCCCUCGCCCUGCUGCCUGUCCCGAGCGCGGAGCGCCUGGCACGAGUCCUCGCCGUUGCUCAACGGAUUGUCCGACAAGUCCUCGGUCUGGUGA